AUGUCUGAUUCGGAGUCGGAAAGCACAGGGGCAAAGGUGAUUUUUCAGCCGCUGGUAUUUCAGCAGGCUCUAAACGGAGCAGUGGUUAAUGAGACCAGUAAGCAGAAUUCAGGUAAUAAUGAUGGAGGCAAUCUGAAGGAUGAAAAAGAAGACAAUGCAAAGGAGGAUGACGUUAUGGAAGAUGAUAUAAUGAAGAAUAACGUGGAGAUUAUUGAGGAUGAUGUUAAGAAAGAUGAUAUAACGAAAAAUAACGUAGAGAUUAUUGAGGAUGACGUUAAGAAAGAUGUCAUUAAGAUAGAUGACGUUAAGAAAGACGUCAAAAUAGAUGCCAUUAAGAUGGAUGAUGUUAAAAAAGACAGUGUUAAGAAAAAUCUCAUUAAGAUAGAUAAUAUUAAGGAAGACAACGUCAUUGAGAUCAACAAUAAUGUGGUAGUGAUAGAUAAGGAAAAUAAAUUGGACAGUAACCGGAAAAACGACAAUGACGUUAUCAUGUUGGAUAGUGGGAAUGAGAACGAAACAAAAACACGAUUUAAGAAAGAAGUGGGUGAAUCAGAUCCUGCAGAAAAAGCACAAAUAGACACAGACAAGCAAAUGAAAUACCGUAUAUGGAAGAAAAACACACCAGUGCUGUACUCUUUACUACAGACGAGCACACUACUAUGGCCAUCACUUACUAUCGAGUGGUUUCCCGAUGUUGAGAUGGACAGAUCUAGUAUUGAGCUUUGUAAGGUCAACAUACCGUCAAACUUGGAUAAACUUACGCUGGAAGACUGCACAUAUGAUCCGGAACGAGAGGAGUUUUUUGCAUCCGAGCUUCCGGAGGUCGGAGAUCAGGCAAAAGACGAAAAUACAAAGUGCAAAGGUCCACUGCAGGUUGUUCAAGAGAUUCCACACGAAGGAGACAUCAACAAAGCUCGUCUGAUGCCGCAAAACCCAGAUUUGAUUGCAACCAUGUCUAAUAGUGGAACUGUGUGCAUUUUCGACAGAACGAAGAAGCCAAACAGCUUUGAUUUGUACGAUCUGACACAUAGAGUCAAUGGGGAGGACGAAAAAGGCGGGAUGGCUGAUAUUCAGUUGAAGUUUCAUAUGUCAGAAGGUUGGGGACUUGACUGGAACAAAAAUAAGGAAGGGGAACUUGUAACAGGCUCAAACGAUGGAAUGAUAGCAGUUUGGGAUAUCCGGAAGCCAUUCCGGAUCCAGGCAAAGACAACUUCAUCACUAAGUGCGACGCGGCAGAAGAAAUUUAGAACAUGUGUGCUGAAACCAGCGAAAACGAGGCUAUGCCACGAUUACGGCGUCAAUUCUGUCAAGUAUUCCGUGUUUCAUGAUUCUCUUGUUGGUACAGCCGGUGAAGAUGGACUCUUCAAGCUUUUUGACACUCGAAUACUUGCCAGCAAACCUGUUGUGCAGUUUAAGGUGGGUACUGCGAUUAACGCGUUAGAUUUUAAUAAGAACAACGAGUUUGCUGUUGCUCUGGGUGAUGACCACGGAAAUAUCUACAUUGAGGAUUUACGGUCGCCAGAAGCAUUUCAAAUUACCCUUUCCGGAGCUCAUGCAGGUGCCAUAACUGGCCUAGAGUGGAAUUCCAGCUUUGGAAACGUCUUGGCUUCCGGUUCGGAGGACGGAUGUGUCCGUAUAUGGAAGUUUGGUGCCAAUUCGAGUACCCAAGACCCCAAAUCCAGCCUCAUAUUUACCCAUUCCGGACACAUGCUUGGUGUUUCCGACAUUUCGUGGAAUCCGGCCGAUCCAAAAAUGAUUGCUAGUUGCUCAGAAGACAACUCUGUUCACAUUUGGAAACCUUCAGCAGCCAUUUUCUAA